AUGCUUCAUCCACAAUCGAAUGACCACCCAGCACUUUCGUUACCGUGGGAAAUGAUUCUUGGAUUCUGUACUUUUGAUGAAAUCUUGACUGUUCGUUCUGUUUCCCGUGGUCUGCAUGCUGUUAUCGCCAAUGCAAUCUCGUCAGAAUUCUGUUUGAACUUUUUGAAACGCUAUAUGAAGUGGAAAAAUAUGUACUACAUUCCUCACCUUGAAGAAUGGAAGACGGCUGCUACACAGGACAGCGUGGAAAGUAUUUUUUCUAUGGACUCGAGUCUCUAUUUGGAUACACUUCUUCAAGUCUUGCGAGUCAUCAAGUAUCUUCCAGUUUCUAUGGCAGUUGCCUUUGACGCGAAACAUGGACGGCACUGUCUUCCCUUGCAAUGGAACCCUAGCAAGCAGAGCUCUGAAUUCAUGACAUUUUCGUCUUCUGGUAGAAAUAGUCUACAGUUCAAAACAGAGCCAAGACUUCGACCCUUGAAUCAUUCAACAAACACGACUUCCACAUCGAAUGCGUCUAACAACAAUAUUUACGGUCAUCUCGAGUUGCACAAUGAGCGUGGUCAACCACUUGACUUACAGACGUAUUUAAAUGCUUCUGCGCCCAAUAUGCCAGAAAAUUUAAUCUGUCCCAUCUGCAAGAACAGGACACUAGUACUGAGCGAAUUCUCGUAUGUGUGUGAGCCCGGAAGCGAGGACGAGCGGCCAAGUCAUGUACAGUUGUCCUGGACCCCGAGGAAAGAUGGGAACGAUAGUUGCAACAAUGAAGCAGGAACUACUGAGGAAAAGAGACAAGUCAAAGAAGGUUGUCUACAUUCAUUUCCUCCCAUGGAGGACGACAUGGCUAUCCCGACACGAAGCCGUCCCCUAUCACUCAAACGAGACUGCAAAUUUACGAUUAGUAUUCACUGUACUUGUAGACAGUUUGGAGUCUUGUCGCCCGCAGGUGUCUGUUGGAAUCAGUCCUUUUGUUGUGCCGAACGUGGCAGAGCCAUUGGAGACAAAACCAUUGGUGGAGUGCUGGUCCGUCAAAAAUGCAGUUCUAACGAUUGCAACCGGCCUGUAUCAUGUCCUCAAUGUACACACAACCGUACACAUGAGGGCUACAUGGACGAAAGUGGAGAGUCCCUUCCGGUUAUUCGGGGAUCGCAUUGUGAUGUGUGCAAGCUGACCUUCUGUGACGAGGAUGCCUGGUUAUCCAGCAUUAGUCAUCAUUGGUGA